AUGCCAGCACCAUUUACUUUUAGAGUCUUCAAUCGCUCUGGUGACUUUGUUGUCUCACUUGCAUUACGUGGGGUUCAAAUCCUUUUUACCAUCAUAGUUUUAGGUACUUCUGCUGGUGCAGUCUCAUCACCUUGGGGUAGUGGUUAUUUUGAGGGACCUGCAUGUGGCUUAGCUGUAAGUAUCAUAGAUUUAAUCUGGCUUGUCGUUACCUUGUUUCUUAGUAAAUAUUUGUUGUCUCUUUUGGUCACCGUUGCAGAAUCAAUUAUUACCAUUCUUUGGAUUGUUGCUUUCGGACUUCUUGCUUCAAACUUUGCGGGAGUGAAUUGUGACUAUUUUGAUGAUGAUAUAUUUUUCUACGGGGGAGGCCGUCACUCUUGGAAAGGCUGUAGCGCAGGAAAAGCCGCAGCUGCUUUUGCCUUUUUGCUAUUCGUAUUGCACAUAGCUACAUUGACCCUUCAUGUUUUAUAUGGUUUAGUACCUUUGAAUAAGGUUGAUAACGUACUCCUUAAGAAGUUAGGUACUUUAUCAAUUGGUGCUAUUUUCCCACUUGAGAGUCAAGCUGCAGUUGGGCACCAGGAAACUGUUGUAGGUGACCUUGAAGCAGGUCAACUGUCUAUUGAAAAAGAUCAGAGUGUGACUGAUGAACCUGUUCCGGCUACUAAUGUCGAAUCCGUUGAUGAGCCUGUUGUUGCAAAGGAUGAAGUUCCCAAAAGUGAAGAGCUUCCCAAUCCUGAAACUCGUGAUUAG